AUGUACAAGCAAAAUGCUUGCUCCGGUAUUCAAGUCAUUUGGAGGGUUGAGGCGAGGCAGAGCUGGCCAGUGAAAGCGACGAAGAAGGUUAUUAUCACCCUCGCAGUCGCCAAGCACGUCAUCGGUGCUCCACUGCAUCUUGGAUACCUCCGUCAUAUCAAGAUAUUAGAAGAUAUGAACGGAACCUUCCUCAACACUCUGUCGACAUUGGCGAGAGGAGGCGGAAGCUUGACUCAGAUGAGACUUAGGAUCCUGACAUCCUAUCUCUCUCUGCUCGCAAAUCGAUCCUACGUGUUCGAAGAUUACACUUGGUCUCACCUCCCGUUCCCAUACACACUAGACAACUUUGAAUUACGGCCAACACACAUUCCAAUGAACGCGUUUAUCUCUGGUCCAACGGCGGGCGGUCCUCUCCCCCACUCAGACACCACAUAUAGAGCUGUGUCUGCGGAACAUUAUGAUUGUGUCUGCCCCUCGGACCAUCCGGGGAAGGUCAUCAUUGAUGCACGCACUGUGGGAUCUCCCAGUAGGGCUGGAGGGAUGGAGCUGGUUCAGUGGUGGGUAGAUAAAAUCGACAGCGUUGCGAGUGACGCAGAGUGUGUUGAGAUCCGCGAGGGAGACGUUGUGGGGAGAGUAUUUGAUAGCUAUUUCUUCGGCAUCCCAUCCCAAUUCCUUCUCCUCCUCCCUGACCUGUUUCUUUCGCCCAUCCUCCACUCUUUCACCUGGUCUCCCCUCAUACUAAGUGCAAUUGUUCGGAAUUUCAACAUCUUCGAGAUGGGAUCAAACUCGAUGGUUACUGGCCUCCUCGCCGUCCACCUCCGCCGUGGGGAUUAUGAGCGUCAUUGCUUGCGCCUAGCAGACUGGCGCUCUACAUGGAUGGGGCGCAUUGAUACAAGUGUGACCGAGAAGCUGAACCAGGAAAUGGAGAACGUCGCCCAUGCUGCAGCCGUGAAAGCGUACUACCUCUCGCGGUGUUUGCCCUCGGUCGACCAAGUGGUUAAACGGCUGAGAGACGUUAAGCUGCAGUGGGAGAGUGGAAGGGGGUCAAAUUCCAGCUCAAGUUACUUUCCGGCCAGGAAGCUGGAUAAAAUAUACAUGCUUACUAACGCAGCGUCAUCGUAUAUCGUGGAGCUGGAGCAAGCUCUUAUCCAGGAUGGUUGGGGCGGGUCAUCUGGAAAGACCGUACUCAUCAGUACGCGCGACAUGCAGGAGAGAUUGGACGCGGAGCAAAAGUACGUUAGCGUUGGCGUAGAUAUGGCUAUCGCGGAGAGAGCAGAGGUGUUCGUUGGGAAUGGGAUAAUAUCCACCAGUACUUCGAUUGUUGGACCAAGUCCCUUCCACCCAACCAGCAUAUCGGCGUGUUUUUCAACACUCCAGAAAAUAUGCCUGGAGUUCGGCUCAAAAGACAAAUUCUGCAUACUGUACAAGGUUGACGUGCGAAACGAGCAGCACGGGGAUCCUAUUUUCUUCGUCUCUUCGUCCGCGUCAUACUACGAUUUGAUGUCCGCGGUCAGCACUUACCCAUCAGCCUCAACCAGAGCAAGAGUGGAUGACGCCUCGAACAGUUACUAA